AGCACCAUCCACCGCAUUCCACUCACGUCCUACCUUAGCGAAGCGUGCCAAGACGUUGCCAUUUUCCCCGUCAUCCCCAACACCACUUGAUUAAAGCGAACUCGCCCUUCAAUAACUUCGCCGGAUUCCCAAGUUCUUUCCACCUUUUCCUCUUCUCUACAACAAAACAUCUACCGACUUUUUCUCUUUGAUUGCUAGAUACCCCUCAAAACACCAACAACAAAGCACGCCUAAUACUAUUCACUCAUACACACCACCCAAAAUGUCUAACUCUCUCGAGCAGCUCAAGGCCACUGGCACUGUUGUCGUCUGUGACUCAGGCGACUUCGCUACCAUGGCCAAGUACAAGCCCCAGGAUGCCACCACCAACCCCUCCCUGAUUCUCGCCGCUUCCAAGAAGCCCGAGUACGGCGCUCUCCUCGACGCCGCCAUCGCCGAUGCCAAGAAGGGCCCCGGCUCCCCCGAGGAGAAGGUCGAUGCCGCUCUCGACUACCUCCUUGUUCAGUUCGGCAAGAAGAUUCUCGAGAUCGUCCCCGGCAAGGUCUCCACUGAGGUCGAUGCCGCUCUCUCCUUCGACACCAAGGCUUCCGUCGACAAGGCUCUCCACAUCAUCAAGCUCUACGAGGCCGAGGGUAUCUCCAAGGACCGCAUCCUGAUCAAGAUCGCCUCCACCUGGGAGGGUAUCAAGGCUGCCGAGAUCCUCCAGCGCGACCACGGCAUCAACUGCAACCUCACCCUCAUGUUCUCCCUUACCCAGGCCAUCGCCGCCGCUGAGGCCGGUGCCUUCCUCAUCUCCCCCUUCGUCGGCCGUAUCCUUGACUGGUUCAAGGCUCACACCGGCAAGAACUACUCCAAGGAGGAGGACCCCGGUGUGGCUUCCGUCAAGACCAUCUUCAACUACUACAAGAAGUUCGGCUACAAGACCAUUGUCAUGGGUGCCUCUUUCCGUAACAUUGGCGAGAUCACUGAGCUCGCUGGCUGCGACUACCUGACCAUCUCCCCCAACCUCCUCGAGGAGCUCCUCAACUCCGAUGCUCCCGUCCCCCAGAAGCUCAACGCUGCCGACGCCGCCAGCCUCUCGAUCGAGAAGAAGACCUACAUCAACAGCGAGCCUACUUUCCGCUUCGACUUCAACGAGGACCAGAUGGCGGUCGAGAAGCUCCGCGAGGGUAUCUCCAAGUUCGCUGCUGAUGCCGUCACCCUCAAGGAGAUCAUCAAGCAGAAGCUUGCUGAGUAAGCGUGCCGUGGUGGUAAUGGUUUAAUUUAGAAUGAAACAAAAAUGGAUGAUGACUUUUUUUUUUCUGGCAACUGUUUGCGUCCGCAUUGAGGAUUGAUGAUUGCGUGUAGAUAUUAUGGGUGACUGGGUCAAGUUCAAGAUCAGACCUUUUGUAGUACUGUAGGUGACGUAUUAUGCAAGUCAUUGAGAGUCUGAAGAGGUCUGUUGACUCGAGGUGACCCGACAACGGUACAUGUCAUCCGAACUCGCAUCAAUUGGGAUGAAAACAUGGCGGUCGAUGUCUGCCGUUGUUCAUGAGUGGCAUGUGAAAGUGUGGGUGAUAUGAUUUGUCUUUAUGAUGUUCAUUGUCAGGAAGGAUGCAAACCACCACCACCACACAUGUCUUCCACUUCACUUUCAUCAUACAACCUCCAUUAGACCAUACAACAAACGCAUGAUAUCGCGGAUCCAAUCUAGCUUUAUAUACCCAAAAACAAGAGAAACAUUAUCUAUUCUGAAUCUACCAAACCCAUCCCUUUAUACAACAACAACAAGAAAGUGUCCGUUUCAUUCAUCAUCGUAAUACCGUCUACUAAUAAUAAUCGGCCUCGCCGGGUCCCACGGCCCGUAAAUCUCGUUUUUGUACUUUUGCAACCCAAUCAGCCACCAGCUGCACCCGCCCAUGGCCACCGCGGCAAUCAGGCAAGAAACAAUCAUGCCGAGGAGCGAAUGUUUGAGCCACGUUUGCCAGCACUCACACACCCCUCUUGUCCAUCCCAAAGCCAUGAUUCCUCCGUCUAUUACUUCUUCUGUUGGUGAUAUCACCAACAACUCUCUUCCUGCUGCACCAGCGGCGGCGGCGGCGGCCAUCGUAACGGAAGAAGAAGUAGUAGAUCCGGGAGGGGGACAAGGCGCCCCGAUAAUAAUGCCCACUCCGGCUCCUGCUCCCAGCAAGAGAAGGACAGUCAAGAUGACAUGGUACCGAAACGAACGGUGGCGAGCGUACCGACGGAAGACGGGGAAGAGACCAAAGACUUCGAUGGAGAACAAGGUUAGGGAGAAGACUUGGCCGGUGGACGGUAGGCGAGAGGCGAGCACGGUCGAGGCCAUCAGGGCGGCGUUGGUGGAGAGAGAGGCGAUGGGGAAC